AUGUUUUACAGACGCCUCAAUAUAAACGACUCCGUUGUGCAAAAGUGCCUUUCUUGUUGCGAGACCAUACAUCGCGAGGGUAUCAGUGAUGUUGGAAAAUCUUAUGUUGAUAGAAUGACCCUGAUCAAAUGGGUAUUUGUAUGUCUGCUUUUCAAACCUGCUGCUCUAAAGUCUGACUUUAUCAAAAUGCGUCAAAUUGUGGAGUACUAUUUUCGUGACGAAUGGGUGCUCCAAUUAGGGUUGGGCCUAAAUGUCAAUCUUUUGGAUGUAUGGCAGCCCUACCGCGCUGCUUCAUCAGCCAUUAGCAGUCAGGUCGACGUUGCCAAAGCUAAAGAUAUGGCGGCUUACCAUUACAAUGCUUUGUCAAAACUGACCAUUCCGCAGGGCAAGAUAUCUCCCAACGACUUCGAUGCCCACAUCCGUCUUAUCUCACAAUAUAACUCUUCACUGCGAUGGUUGAUUUUACAUACUUCAAAGACUACUUCAAAGAAAGCAGCGUCUUAUGUGCAAGCCAUUGACAUAUAUCCACAAUUCGAUGCGCAGUCCCUAGUGCUGUUCCUUCGUGCUGCCAACUUUGAGAUGGAGUUCUUUACGGCAUAUAGAGAUGCUUUGAAAAAUAAAGAAAGCAAUAUCAAGAAAGUUACGGAUGCGACGUGCUCCACCAUAGCGGAGAUGGCGCAGCUGUUUUCUCAAGAUUUUGGUCCGCUGAACAAGGAUAAGAAAACAAAACUGCAUGACUGGUUUUUGCUCAUGAAGAAGACUUUGGAAGAGUUAGAGUUGAACGACAAGAAGAACGCGGAGUUUGUCAGCCAGGUUGGCGAGAUGCUCGACCUCGGUGGCAAUCUCAGUGUUGCGCAGCAUCUACAGAAGCUGGAGUCGCAGUUGGAUACAUUAUCUGCUUUGUACAGUGUAAGGGAAGAAGAAGAGCAACGUGUGCAAAGAUAUGCCGACCCUUCAUACAUCUGGCCAAUUUUGGAUGACUGGACUCCUCGCAUUCAGCGAAGAAUCUUGGAGUCAUCGAAUGUUCAUGCUAUCCGAGCUCUCGUCUUCAAGCUUUCCAUUUCGAUAGCCAUGCUGUGUGAGCAGCUUCGUAAUGAAGAGAGAAAAACGUGAGU